AUGUCUGACCGACGUUCAUCCUUGAAGAAUGCCGCUGGUAAUGGUGCUGGCCAUGCCACGCCUGCCCACCAGUCGCCUCCAUCUCGAGCUAUCAAGAAGUUCGAUCUGGGCGAUGGCCUUAUUGUCACCCAGAGAGAGGCUCGUAUGGCUUUUGAAGUUCUGAAGAAAUCCAAGAAGACUUCUACCGAACUUGCUGUUGACUGGGCUGCUGUCGCUGCCUCAAUCGGUCAUAAGAACGCCAAGGUGUCCCAUGACGCCUUCUAUAUUAUGCGCCAGAAAUAUCAGUUGGUUCGCGGCAGCGGUGAGUCCGAAGCUGCCGACAAUGAGGCAGCCCAGACCCCGGCUCCCAAGACUGGAAAGCGAAAGCUUGCAGGCUCCGCGGACAAGUCCGCUGGCCAGCCUCCGGCAAAGAAGAUGAAGACGGCUCGUGGUUCGAUUAAGAGCAAGGAGCAGGCUGAUAAGAAUGAUCAGGCCAAAGAGAAGGAUCAUGAUGAAGAGAAGGAGCCCGAGCAAGAGUAA